AUGGCGAACAGGACCGUAAAGGACGCGAACAGCAUCCACGGGACAAACCCACAGUAUCUGGUGGAGAAAAUCAUCCGGACUCGGAUCUACGAGUCUAAAUACUGGAAAGAGGAGUGCUUCGGGCUCACGGCCGAGUUGGUAGUGGACAAAGCCAUGGAGCUGAAGUUCAUUGGAGGAGUGUUUGGGGGAAACAUCAAGCCCACCCCAUUCCUGUGUCUGACGCUGAAGAUGCUGCAGAUCCAACCGGAGAAGGACAUCAUCGUGGAGUUCAUCAAGAAUGAGGACUUCAAAUACGUGCGUCUGCUGGGGGCCAUGUACAUGCGUCUGACUGGAACAGCUGCAGACUGUUACAAGUAUUUGGAGCCGCUUUACAACGACUACAGGAAGGUGAAGUCCCAGAACCGCAACGGAGAGUUUGAGCUGAUGCAUGUGGAUGAGUUCAUCGAUGAGCUGCUUCACGCUGAGAGAGUGUGUGACAUCAUCCUCCCACGACUGCAGGUCUGUGGAAUCGCACUCUCACCCUCCAGCCGCAGGUCUCCUCUGCUCCACCAGGACCAGACCAGACCUGCGCUGGGGGCCGCCUGA